AUGAAACCCCGAUGUGGAAAAUGCGAAAAAGAUAUUUUGAAUAUCGAACCCGCGCAAUGCUCUUGCUGUGAAAAAUAUUUUCACGUACAGCAGGAGUGUUGUGACGCCAACCGAAGCAGCAUACAACAGCUGUUCAGCACCCAUAAGGCACUUUGGCUUUGUGUUGAUUGCAGAAAGCUGUUUGCAAAUCGAACUUUGCAUGCAUUCUUGGAUGAUACUAUUCGGCGCCCCCCUAAUGAGGUUAUCGAGCUUCGCAAGAAAGUCGAAGAAUUAUCCGAUCUCGUGAAUGCAUUGCAAAGGCAAAUAGGGGAAAAUCAUGAAGCUAUUAUGGCCAAAUUUGAUCGCCCCCCAAACGUAACCUGGCCUCAGCUAUCUGGUGAGACUCCUUCGAACCCUGAUAAACGGAGCCGCGCAAUUCGUUCUCGCAAAAGACGUUGCGGUCCUAAUGGCGAGCCUGUUGAAGUAGACCUUGUUCCGCGAUCAUCUACUUCCAACGGGACAAGUGACAUCGAUUUGAGCGAUUUGCUUCUGACAUGCCCCAUUGCUGCUGCGUUACCACCACCUCGAUUUUGGAUUUAUCUUAGUGGAUUCAAUCCAAAAAUCACCGACGAUGAUGUUGUGAAAAUAACGAAACGGUGUUUAAACACGACAAACGAUAUUGAAGCUUUCCGACUUGUCCCAAGAAAUGUCGACGACUCUAGAUAUUCGUUUGUUUCUUACAAAAUCGGUGUGGAUAUUGAGUUGAAGGAUAAGGCUCUUCUGCUUUCAUCGUGGCCGCAAAGUGUGAAGGUCCGUGAGUUUGUGAGCCUACCAAAAAACGAUUUUCGCAACUCUGGAAGGCAUGUGCCCAACAAACCUUGGAAUCCUCUGAGCAUCGAAACCCCCGAUCAAAGGAACGGAUUGACGGAUAUCGACAAUUGA